UUCUAUUAUUUAAAAAUGCCUUUAAAUCUAAAGUUCAGGUAUACCCCCAACAACGAUUUUCAUCGCCAAAAAUACGAAUUUUGAUUGAUAAGAGAUGCACAAUGUAGAUAACAAUUGGGAUCAAAAUUUGCUAAACAAUUGCAAACCGAACAUCCUGCACGCUCUUAUCGUAACGGUUUCUUUGUUAAAAAAUGCAAUAUGGCGCGCUAGCGUAACCGUAGCUCCUCCGCAGCCUGCUGCUGUUCAAAGGAUGCUUGGAUUUGAAUUCACCUAUCGGUUAGUUCAACCUAGUCGCUCCAUCGGGAAGGAACCACAGUUUAAGCUUAUUUGCAAAUUCUUAAUCAGUAAAUUUAUAAUACAUCCAUCCUUACCUAGUAAAAACAGCUUAAAGCAUGAUGUCGUCUAGCAUUGAGGAUUUCUUCAAGGAUGUUGAGGAAAGCAACCAAUCCUUCUCCAGCACUCCGAGCAGUAUCCUGCUGCCCUCCGAUUUGGCCUCAAACCUGGAUGAAAGCUCCUCCGACCAGCUGCAGUUAGAAUCACUCGCCUGGGAUGAGAAUAUUGUCGAGCUGUUUAACGAAUUUGCCGACAAUAACGACACAAAAGAGGAGCACCAAAACAACCAGCAAACUGUUGCAGUAAACGCCACUUCCACUACCGUUCACAACGAUUGUUCACAGGAAAGAUCACUAAAACCAGCAAACGCAUUCCUAUUUGAGGACGAUUUACUUGAAACAGCCACACAAAAGCAGAAAAAUGAACACGCGCCGUACGAAACUCAUUGUUUUGUGCCUUCAAGUACGGAAAAUAUCAAACACAGUCCAUCACAGCCUGCUGCUGCUUCACAGCACAGCCCACACGGCAUAGCAACGGGCCACCACACGCAUACCGAGCAGCGCGCACUCGAUAACGACUGGAACACGCACACACAGUACAGUGCGGACCGGUUGGUGGACGGUUGGGAAGAUUCCGGGUUUGACGAAAGCACGAAAUCAGCGCAGGCAGAGGGACCGCUGUCAGCGCCGCUACUACCGGAGGAAGAGGAGGGAAGCCAACUGUCCGAACGGCAUCGCGAGAUACAGACGAAAAUAGUCGACCUGCUGCAGCAAAUCGAACGCUGCGUUACCGAAGGCAUCCCGCUGCCAAUCCGGCGUAGUAAGGCACGCUGGGAAACGUGCAAGAUCGAGAACGGAAUUCUCCAAACGAUCGAACCCUCGCAGGACGGACGAACGAUCCGGCCGUGGAACACACGGCGCCUACAGCUGAUGGUGCAGCUGUUGGCCACCAUCUACCAGCUGCUUACUACCGGCUCGAGCUGCACGAAGCGGGAGCUUUACUAUCUGCACCUGGAGCUAGCGCAAACACCGGCCUAUACGUACGCUACGCUCGAGGACGUCUGUGCGCUGCUCGAUGCCGACCCGUGGGAGCUGCACGUGUACAACACCUCGAAAGGGUUGAUCGCGGGCCCGAUAGUACUCACGCUGAGCGAUGGACAGCGGAUCGAUUGCAAUGGUCGAUGGGGCACGGCAGUGCCGCUGGAUGUCGGGAGCGUGACGGAGAUCCGAAUAGCGGCCAAGCUGGUGCUGGUCGUUGAGAAGGACACCGUCUUCAAGCGACUGCUGGAGGAUGGCAUUUUGAGCACAUUUCCCGACACACUCGUGCUAAUAACGGCCAAAGGAUAUCCGGAUGUUUCAACGCGACUGCUGCUGAAAAAGAUUUCCGACUGGACGCACGUGCCCAUCUACGGACUGAUGGAUGCCGAUCCGCAUGGAAUUGAAAUCUUUUGCGUCUACAAAUUUGGCUCACUGGCAAUGGUGCACCAGCAACGAUCGUUGGCCGUGCCGACCAUGCGCUGGAUAGGACUGUUCCCGUCCGACAUUGAGCUGCUCGGGCUGCAGGGUGUUCCGCUGCGGGAAGGUGAGCUGAAGCGCAUCGAGCAGAUGACCAAGCGCCCGUACACCGAGGGACACAUACAGCGGGAGCUGCUGUUGCUCCGUCAGCUCGCGACCAAGGUGGAGAUUGAGAGUCUGUACAACAUUGCGUCUGAUUUCAUUACCACCGUCUAUCUGAAGGGUAAGCUGAAGGAAUUCAUUAGUUUGAGGCAAAAUGUGGAGGAGGAACAUUCUGUGCGGCGUUGAGGACACUAUCUGUCAUCAUGCGCAGAGUAUUUAGCAUAAAAUAGUAUAAGAAUAUCUCUUACUAAACAUCUUCGUAUCAUUUUUUAUGGUGAGUUGGUAUUAACUCCCAGUGGAUUGGCUCUAACGGAACAUCGUCCUAUAGGCAGUGCUGCAAAAUGUCACUGUCAAUGUCAUAAAAAAAUCUGACUGAAACAAAAUCCAAUGUCAGCGUCACGUACUCAAUUGUUAUAAUCAGAGAUGAUACUCAAAACGACUUUUUUACUGUGAUCAAAUCUGCAAAUGUCACUAACAUAGUCAUGACAAAUUCCGGCUGAAACGAAAUAAUGUCAGUGUCACGAGCGCUACUGUGAUGAUCCGAGGUGAGACUCCACAGUUCGUGAUUACAAGUCAAAGUGAUAGCACGUUAAACACAAACAACCCAGUGAAUAGCUCCAAGCAGAAGGCGAAACAGAAUGGCCGCGAAACAAAACGCUACUUUUCGGGUAGAUUUUUCGCAGAUACCGAAAAAGCCA